AUGCCGCUCGAGGCGACGCUAAUGAUUAUCGACAACUCAGAGUACAUGCGCAAUGGAGACUACCAGCCCACUCGCUUUGACGCUCAAGCAGACGCAGUCAACACACUCUUCCAGACCAAAAUCGACUCGAACCCCGAGAACACGGUCGGCAUCAUGACCAUGGCAGGCAAAGGCCCUGAGGUACUGGUUACACACUCGAAAGACCUCGGCCAGAUCCUCCAAGCCAUUCACACCAGCAGAGACAAGAUCAGUGGUACUGCCGAUAUCACCACUGCCAUCGCCGUGGCCCAACUGGCCCUCAAGCAUCGCCAGAACAAGAACCUCCGUCAGCGUAUCGUCGUCUUUGUCGGGUCACCCCUCAAUGGUCAGUCUGCCGACGAGCGCGCCAUGGUCCGCCUCGCCAAGAAGCUCAAGAAGAACAACGUCGCCGUCGACUUUGUCGCGUUUGGCGAUGGCAUAGAGGAGGGCGAGGGUGGCAUUCUCAAGACAUUUAUCGAAAAUAUUACGAGCAGUGACAACUCACAUCUGGUAUCUGUUCCACCAGGUCCACAUUUACUCUCCGACAUCCUUCUCACUUCUCCCGUUCUCGCUGGUGACCGCGGCAUUCCAGAAGAGGCAAUGGGUAUGGGUGACGCGUCGGGCUCCGGUGCCGUUGGCGCCGGCGGUUUCGAGUUUGGGGUGGACCCUAGUCUUGAUCCAGAACUUGCCAUGGCGCUGCGGAUGUCGAUGGAGGAGGAGCAAGCGCGUCAAGCAGCAGCGGCGCAGGCGAGCGGGGCUGCGGGGGCAGCAGCAGAUGCACCAACAUCUGGGCCGUCGACUGCGCCAACGGAGCCGAUGGAUGACGAGGAGGAAGCGAUGCUGAAACAGGCGCUGGCUAUGUCGGAGGCGCAGGACGUCGAGAUGGGCGAGCACCCAGUGCAUGAAGAGGACGAAGAGAUGUCGGAGGAGGAGGCGAUUGCUCGCGCCAUCGAGAUGAGCAUGAAGGGAGAGGGGGGCAAGAGUAACGAUAAUAACAAGAAGUAG